AUGGGCUACACCCACUACUACCAGGUUGGCGAUAAGAACAGCCCCGAGUGGAAGGCGGCCUGGCCAAAGUUGGUCCGAGAUGCCCAGCGCAUCAUUGAUCAUGACCACGUCCCCUUGACCGGUCCGACCGAGAAUGACGACGAAGAAACCGUCACCCCUCCCCUCGUGGACGAGGUCGAGGGGAUCUACCUGAACGGAGCGUAUGAUGGUGGACAUGAGCCACUGAUCAUUCAAUGCCGUCAGCAUCGCAGCUCCGGAUUUACCAAAACUGCCCGCAAGCCGUAUGACACCGUGGUGGGCUGUAUUCUCCUGCGAGCGUUCAUGUUGGCUCCCACCCAGUUCUAUGUCGGUUCCGACGGAUUCUGGGAGGAGUGGAAAGAUGCUCGUGAUCUGUACGCUUCUCUUUGGCCCGGCGAAGCCAUCGAGUGUCCUUGGGGAGAGUGA